AAUACUCAGAAAAAGGUGUGUUUAUAUUUAUAAUGCCACCUGUAGUUUUUUACUAGUAAUAUUAUAGAAGAUAAAAUUUGGAAAUAUCCUCUCUUGGUCAGGUAGAUUUGAUUGAAAAACAUGGAAGGCUACGUUAAUGAAAGUUUUAAAGGAGAUGAUAAUCAAAUAGAACAAUCUUCAGUACCUUGUCAAACUAAUAACGAAAGCGAGUCCAAAGAAGCCAAGUGUGGCUAUCUAUGUUGGGAACCUGAUUUUUUGCAAAAAUUUAACAAUGCAACUUGCUCCUGUUUAUGGUUAUGCAUAGCUUCUUUCUUCCAAGGAGCAAUAGUUUCCGGACUAACAAAUGGAUCGAUAACAACUUUGGAGAGGCGGUUCGGUUUAAGUAGUAAAGAGAUGAGUGUUGUAGUUAUAAUGUAUCAAGUUGGUUGUAUUUUGGCCAUAGUUAUUUUAAGCCAAAUCGGGUCGAGAAUACAUCAAAUGAGGCUAUUAUCAACAUGCGUCCUGUUACUUGGAAUUGGUUCUUUUAUAUUUAGCAUUCCGCACUAUAUAAGUAGUACAUACAAUUUCUCAUCGGAACAGAAUUUCGAAUGCUCAGCCAACUACAACGAUGGUUGUCAAGAUUCUAAGGAUGUUUCGAAGGGAUCAGUGCUAUUCUUAUUAGGCUUAGGACAAUUUCUAUUAGGCGUUGGAAGUGGUCCAUUGUAUUCUACAACCUUUGUAUACUUUGAUCAGAAUAUGAGUAGAAGAAAAAGUUCUCUUACAACUGGCUUAUUCUAUGGUAUUGGAAUUAUUGGUCCAGCCGUUGGCUAUGUAACUCAAGGAGCCGUCUUAAAAUUAUAUGGAGAUUUUAACAGAGUUGACUUGGACAAAAUUGACUUAAAAUCGGAUGAUCCCCGAUUUUACGGUGCAUGGUGGUUAACGUUUAUUUUCGGUUCAAUAUUUUGUGUAUUGAACUGCAUACCUUUAUAUUGCUUUGCAUCCUAUUUGCCUAAUACGGAAGAAUAUAAGGUAAAGAAUACUCAGAAAAAAUUAAGAGGUCUUAAAUUGAAAGAGUUAAUGAAAACAAUUUGGUCAGAAUUCAAGACUAUUUUAUCAAUUAAGUCAUAUGUUUUCGUUAUUCUUGCUGAUAUGUGUAAUGCAUUUCUUGUAAAUGGUUUGGCAUCGUUUGCCGUUAAAUUUGCUGAGAUUGUAGCCUAUUUGGAACCAAGCACUGCAGCAAUCCUAACUGGUGGUAUAAUUGUCGUUGGAUGUGGAGUUGGAAGUAUUGGUGGAACGAUUAUUUUAGAACGUUUAAAUUGGGGUUGUAGAAAGAUAAUGAUUUUCACAAGUAUUGUUAUGUGUUUAUCGGUCAUUCCGUCCUUUGGUAUGCUGUUUGGAUGCGAUACACACAAUUAUAUAGGGAUAACUGAGCGUUCAUCUCAGAAGAAUAUUAUAGAUAGCUGUAAUAGUAAUUGUAACUGCUCCCUAACAUCAUAUGAGCCUAUUUGCGAUAGUCAAAAGAACUAUUAUAUAUCUCCAUGUCAUGCAGCUUGUGAGAAGAGCUUGAAGAAUGAUGAGUUUACCCAGUGUGGAUGUGUUCCUGGAGGUGUUACCGAAGUCUUAAAACCGUUUUCAGAAUGCCAACCAACUUGUAAAUACGUCUAUGCAUUAGGCGUUGUUCUAUUCGUCUACGCCACGCUUGGAUUCUGUUCGGCUACGCCUCAUAUCCAGAUGAUGUUGCGCACCGUACCAUUUAAUUUGAGGCAUUUAGCUACUUCUCUUGGCUGGUUCGUCGGCCGUCUUCUUGGUAUGAUACCAGGGCCAUUUGCAUUUGCCGCUAUUUUAGAUAACUCUUGCUUAUAUUGGAGGAAAACAUGUAACGGCGAUCGGUCUUGUGCUGUUUUCGAUCAUAAAGAAGUUAGGACUAAUUUCGCGAUCGUUACAGUUGUUAUUAAUAUUCUGUCAGCUGUCUCAAUGUUAAUUGCCCUAUAUACAUAUAACCCUGAAGAAGGAAGCGACGAAAUUGACAAAGCAACUACAAUUUCUGAUAGUCAGAAGGCUCGUAAUGGAACAGAGCUAAAUGACACAAGCUCUUAAAGAGAAUUAUUUUUAUCUUCUAAAUUAUCAACUAUUGCAAUACUUGUCAUUAUCAGGUAUUUAAUCCGUCGAAAAUGACAUUUAAUCAAUUAUCUUAUUCUUUUUCUCUUCUUUUUUCUUAUAAUUUUUUUUUUAUAAGAUCUCUUUUUCUCUCUCUCUUUUUUUUUUUAUCUAACUAUCUACCUCGUUUUUUCCUUUUCUUUUUACAAUCUGUCUCUUUCUGACUACUAAUACUUGUUAUGAUUUCUGUUGAUAUUUUUCAAACAUGUAUGACGCGUUUCUGUGUUUAAUUCUCACUUCAGUUUUUAUACUUGAAAAUUUUUGAUAAUCUUACGAUAUGAACUUUACUGCAACUGUUUGCUCGAAUUGAAUAAGAAACAUAUCAUUUUUAUAGAAUUUCUCAAUGUAAUAACUUUUUUAAAGUACAAAUAAAAUCGUCGUAUUAACAUGUUUUUUAUUGUAUAGUACUAGAAACUACUGUCCGUUUUACAUCUGAUAAAACUAAACAUAUACUAUUCGACAGAUGGCGCUAAAUGCAUAGUAUAAUUAGGACGUUUACAAAUGAACUUUGUUGAAAGAUCAAAUACCUGGAAUUUUUUAUUUUAUUUUGAAUUAUUCCAAGGUUAUAUAAUGUUGAUGAUUGUUUGUAAAACUAUUUAACUUGGUGCUAUUUUUCUUACGAUUUUGAAAGUUAUAUAUAUUAGAAAGACUUACUGUUUUUGGUAGAAAAAAAAUUCCAGAACAAAACCUAGCUGAUGUUCUAUAAUCUACAUUCAAACUAGAUAAACAAUGAUUUUCAGGCCUCAUAAAAAGCGAACACAAAUAAUUUGAUGGCACAGCCUUUCGUUGAAUUUCGAUUGUUGAAACAAAACGUUUUCUAGUUGAUUCUAAAUAGACGGUUGUUCUUUCGGAGAAACGGGUAGCAUCGAAUUUUAAUCGUAUUUCAAGAGCUUCUUUAUAGCGUAGUUUACGUUUUUCUUCGACAUCGUAGCGGGAUUCGAAAGUUGGUUGACGAGGUUCUAGUAGAACCGUCUCCGAAAAGGAUGUCUGAACCAUUGAAUUUGAAGGAUGCUUUCUUACGCCCGGGAAGACAAUUCGAUUAGGUAGAUGAGAAGCUUGUUUCUGCGUUGCUAAGGAUGUUUUCAGAACCCGUACGAACAAUAAUAAAUAAAAAAAAUUUACUGUAUCGAUCUGCUGUUUCCCCCCCUUCUGUCUCUCUCCCUCUCUCCCUCCCUCUAGCUGACAUUCAUUCAUUCACUCUCUUAUACAUAAGAUAAAAAAAAACGCACACACACACAUACUCUCCAAUACUUUUUAUCAAUCUUUCUUUCCUAUGAAUAAUAACUUUGAUAUAUAAAUUUCUAUAUUAAAUAAGAAUAUAAAGCAUCUUUAAAAAAUAUGUUGCCACUUACGGAAUGAUUAGAGACCAAAGAAUGCAACGUAGCUUUGUUCGACAUGGGCACAUAUCGGAUUGUUGUUGAACAGGCCGCAACAUGGUGCGGCGUUGAUGUAGUUUAUUGACUGACCACGGG